CCUCGCAAAUCUCCCGAAAUAGCCUGUAGUGUGCAAGAAAAUGGCUGAAGCUCAGGCUCCCAUAACUCGACAGAUCUUCAAAGACAGUCGGGAAUUUGGAGCACGCGUCGAUGUUUCUCUCCAGGAUGUCGACGAUUGUUUCAUUUACGACCGUCAUGGAACCUCGGUGGCUUUCAAGAAAUUGUACGAAAACCGGAAAUCAAUCAUAAUAUUUUUACGGAGCUUCUUGUGCUAUACCUGUAAAGAAUAUGUAGACGAUCUAAGCAAAAUACCAAGAGAUGUUUUGGAGGAAGCUGGUGUCACGCUUGUGUUGAUCGGACAGUCUGCUUAUCAUCAUAUAGAGCCUUUUUCCUCCCUAACAGGAUGUCCUUACGAAAUAUUUGUUGAUCCUGAAAGGUGCAUUUAUCGAAAACUUGGGAUGAAAACAGAGGAGGAAUUUACCAUGUCAGGUACAAUGUUGAAUGAAUUCACACCCUCCUCCAAUAUUGCUCCAAAGCAUCAUCAUGCAGUGAACAUCGUGUUGUUGCAUGUUUGGCCAGCCCACACAAGCCCUCAUGUGAAGUCUGGCAUCUUCCUGGGCCAGAUGAAGAGCAUAUGGCGAGCCAUGACUAGUCCUGCCUUUGACUUCCAGGGUGAUCUGCAUCAGCAGGGUGGAGCCAUCAUUGCAGGGCCAGGAUCGAAGGUCCAUUUUUGUCACAUCAGCAUGAACCGGCUCGACCACAUGCCUAUUGACUGGCUCCUACAGCUCGCCGGGGUCCAUGAGACUGUGGACUUUAGUGGCAGACCAAAGAUCAUCCAUGUCUAGUGAGGUUGCAGACUGAAAGUGGGUCACUGGGUUUGUGCUUUGCCUCAUAGUACCUUUCCAUCAACACAUAAGCACUGUAACACACAAUGUACUUCUGCUGUCGGGUCAAACUACCCCUCGGUCUUUGAACCUUACUUGCUGCUUCACUAAGGACAGGAUUGGCGAGGAGUUACUUUUUCCUAUCAAGAGCAAUUAGCCUCAAAUUGCCAUAAAUACAUUAGCGUUUCUCUCCUGCACUGCAAGUAUGUAUGGCAGCAUUCAUUCAAAACUGUAAAUUACAUAGGAUAUCACAAGGACAUUAGGAUUUUAAUAAAAAAGGCAGUAAACUAAAUGUUUUCUUCACUUUAUUCAGCGGAAUAAAAGAAAUGCAUUAAGUGAUUUCAUUUUACAAAGGGUUAUUUUAUUUUAUUUUAUUUUUUUACAAGAUUUUAGGUUUCAGUGAAUUUUCAAAAUAUAAAACUAUUUCUUGCAGAUGGACCAAAGACUUAAAAUCUAGUUGCAUGUGCUGAUGAUUGGUGUAACAGCUGCUGGUAGCCAGAGCUGUAAUUUCCAAAGACAGUCCCAAUGUUUCAAAUAAUUGCUGUUCUUCACUCCCACAAUUAAUGUUCAUAAAGAGGCCCUGAAAAUCUAAUUACAAAUCCUGAUGUGUAUGUCUUGGAGAUGCUUUUAAAGGGAGUUAAAUUGUAUGUGUGAAGGACUGUGAAGGGAUUUAAACGUUGCCAUCAUCACAUUGUUUUCAGGACUUUAUGUCAUACCAACAUGAUUCAAGGAAGAGAGGUGCAAGACACAUCAACAUGAGCAGAAAAAUAUCUGCUCUGAUUUUCUCUUCAUAAUGAAUGUUGACAAAAAGUUUAUACCAUAAGAUAAUAAUUUAAUUACUUUACAAGCUGUCAAAUGUCAUUUUACAUCAGAAUGUUCACUGGUAUUGAUAACUCUAACUGUAACCAUUUAUGUAGAAAUCAAUGUCUCCUUAAAGAUAUAUUUACCUGCUUAUAUGUUCACAAAUAAGAAUUUGGUUCUGUUAUUUAUUUUUAAAAGCAGCACUGUUCACUUGUUUAUUAUUUAUUAUUUGCAUUUGCUCGUAACAUAUAAGUCUACGUGUACAUGUCGCCUUUUUUUUCCAAAAUAAACAGAAGACAA